GCGAAAUAAUGCAGCUUCCCAUGGCUAAUAAUAAUGCCAGAUGUUUUCAGAUGUAUCUGAAUAAAACGUUUAGGAAAACUGCUAGUCUCGUGGCAAACAGCUGUAAAGCAAUUGCUCUUCUUGCAACACCCAAAUUGAGCAAUGGUGUGGUUGAAAUUUCUUUCGAAUUUGGAAGACAUUUAGGAAUGGCUUUCCAACUAAUCGAUGACGUUCUAAAUUUUGUGGGCAAUCACCAAGAUCUUGGUAAGCCCGCUAAGGGUUCUGACAUGGAACUGGGCAUUGCCACUGGCCCAGUACUAUUUGCUGCUCAAAGGGUAAACUACUGA